CAUACCUACAUUCUCAGAAAAUUCCUUUGUCUGAAUGAUCAUCCCCAACCCCAGCCCCAACCCAACCCAACAAAAUGAAUCUGAAAGUGCAAGCAAGGGCUUGCCCCUUCUUUGCUCUACCAUUCCCCACCCUCUCUCUCUCUCUCUCCCCCUUAUCUCUUAUUUGGCAAAUAAUCAACUUCUCCAUUACUAUUCCAUGCCCGCUAUGUCUUGCUUUGCUUAAAUCUGCUUUUCCUCCCCUUUGUAAAUCAUCAUCUUUCCAAUUUAAUAAUACCUCUGUUCAUGGACUUACAUAUCGUUGCUUUUCUCUCUCUCUCUCUCUCUCUCUCUCUCUUAAAUACAAGGUGUAGCUUGGCCUCAUAAUUGUGGAAUGUAGCUUUACUCAAGUCAUGACCCCCCACUACUUAUAAUACCCCCAGAAACAGAAAAGCCAUAGCCAAUAUCUUCAACAAUCCCCAGAAUCAUUUUCAUUUCACUGCCACUUGUAUUCACCAGUUGUUGCUGUGAAAAAGAACUGUUCUUGCUUCGUCUUGGUUGAUCCCAAUUGCAUUGCUGAGGAGUUGGAUCUGCUAAUCUCCUGGGUCUUGGGUCUUCAAUGGAGACGGAGAAUGGCGAUGUGAAGUCCAAGAUGGAAGAUUAUGAAGUCAUAGAGCAGAUUGGAAGGGGAGCUUUUGGGGCCGCUUUUCUUGUUCUCCACAGAGCUGAGAAAAAGAAGUAUGUGUUGAAGAAGAUUCGCUUGGCUAAGCAAACUGAGAAGAUUAAGCGGACGGCACAUCAGGAGAUGGACUUGAUGGCUAAGCUGAACCAUCCAUAUAUCGUGGAGUUCAAAGAUGCUUGGGUUGACAAGGGAUGUUAUGUAUGCAUUGUAACUGCCUACUGUGAAGGAGGAGAUAUGGCUGAGAUUGUUAGGAAGGCCAGGGGAGUAUUUUUCCCAGAGGAGAAACUAUGUAAAUGGCUGACUCAGCUGUUACUAGCAGUGGAUUAUUUGCACUCCAACCGCGUCCUUCAUAGGGAUCUGAAGUGUUCCAACAUUUUCCUCACCAAGGACAACGACAUUCGGCUUGGUGACUUUGGGCUUGCAAAACUGCUCAACUCAGAAGACCUUGCUUCAUCGGUUGUUGGAACUCCCAACUACAUGUGCCCUGAGCUUCUUGCUGAUAUUCCUUAUGGCUACAAAUCUGAUAUAUGGUCACUUGGUUGCUGUAUGUUUGAGAUUGCUGCACAUCAACCAGCAUUUAGGGCUCCUGACAUGGCUGGACUUAUCAACAAGAUAAAUAGGUCCUCAAUAUCUCCACUCCCAAUUGUAUAUUCAUCCACAUUGAAGCAGAUCGUUAAGACUAUGUUGAGAAAAAGCCCCGAACACAGACCUACUGCUGCAGAACUUUUAAGGCAUUCCCAUCUACAACCCUAUCUCCUUCGUUGCCAUAAUCCGUCCUCUGUUUUUCUUCCAGUAAAACCCACAAACAACACAAAAGAUAAAGCGAGAAGGAGAUUGUCAUCUGGCAGAUCUAGUGAUGGCAAAGACGAUGAUGAAACAGAGGUAAAAGUAGAAAAACAGACAGAACCAAUUCCGAAAUUGGAGGAAAAUGGCCAUAAGCAGCAGAUGAGUUUCUCCAACAGCGACAUGACAGCAAGCAUCACCAUGCAAGAAGACAAUCUUGGAACCAGAAGAGUUGAUCGUGCUAGCUAUUCCUCCAAUAUCUCUAAUAAUAGUGAGGAUUCAAGAGGCGGGGACAUCAGCUCUGAAUUAACUGAUUGCAAUGGAGAUAAGAGGGUCGGCUCUCACUCCCUAUCAGAAACGGAAAGCAAUGACACUCAGAAUACAGCGAGCAAGGUAUCAAAUUGUCUGCUGGAAGUAGAACAGUUGAAGGCCAGUCAAGUUGGUCCCGAAUGCUCUCAGCAAUACCAAGAGAUUGGUAUCGAAAAAGAGAACCAUGACGAUGCUGAGACCUCCUGCAAUCAAGAAAUUACCAGGGAAGCUGAAAUACAGCUGGAGGUUUAUGCUUCACAGGACCAGAUAAGAACGUCCAGUGAUAGCCACAUUUAUGAAGACGUAUCUAUAGAUAAUAAAAAUUCAUCUGCUUCGGUGAGUACUGCAAGACUUGAACCUGAAAGCAAUGAUACACCUCGAUGCAAAGAUCCGGAUGAUUCUACAGAAGCUGUUCCUGCACAUGUAUCGUCCGAGGGUAAUGGUACCCUUCCAAGCAAAGAUAAUGUGGCUGUGAAAACAGAGAAUACGAGUCACUUGACACAAACAGAGAAAGAUGAUGUAAGUCAAACGAUAAACCAAGGUUCCAGCAACAUUUCAUUGCUGAGUACGCUAACUGCAGUAGGCAAUGAUAACAAGAGUGGGUGGGAGAACCCGACUCAGCAACGAGCAGAUGCUCUUGAGUCACUGCUGGAGCUCUGUGCAAGAUUGCUGAAGCAGGACAAACUUGAAGAGCUUUCCAGGGUCCUAAAACCCUUCGGGGAAGAAGCUGUAUCAUCCCGGGAAACAGCAAUAUGGCUGACUAAAAGCCUCAUGAGUGCUCAAAAGUUUGCUGGAGGUUCCUGAUGUUUGAGAAGAGGUUUAGAAUGGCGUUUUCUCAUUUGAUGCAUUACUGCUGAAUUGGUGUCUUGUUAGGCUUGUUUGAUAUAGAAUGUGUUGUGCUUUUAGGAGCUUGUUUGGUUGAUGGCAAAAGGUACUGGGCUUGAAUGUCAUUCAGAAUGUCAUUAACAUAUUACUUAAAAGGAAUCCAUGUUUGUGCUU